GGGAGACAAAGUGAUUUUGGGCGAGAGAAUGGGUGGACAGUGGAGAAAGAAGAAGCUGAUGGUUGUUGGUAGUAAGUAUCAUGCGAGGAGACGUUCAUAUGGGCUCUGGGCGAAGAAGAUAAAGUCUCUUCGUAAGUCUCUACGUAAGUCUAAGAAGGAGAUUAUCCGAAAGAGAGAAGAUGCUCGUCAUAAGGAGACGGCUGAGCUUUGGCGUAAAGUGUGGGAAACAGAUGGGUUCGAUAUGGGUGAACUGAGGGAUCAUCGUUAUUGGGGAAUGCAUGCUUUCAAAGGAGGGGAAGAUUGUCCCAUUGAAGUGCAGCUUUAUGCAAAGCUCGGGCUUCACCGGUACAAUAUGUUAGAGGGGACUAAUCUGCAGCUUCACGAAAUAGAGAAAUACAAUAGAGAGGGUAACUUCAUGCCUGCCCGUUAUUAUAUAACUUCGCUUGCAGAGGAUCCAGCUACACAGUCCCUUGUUACUUUCCAGACUGAGCUUUACGAAAGAAGCUGCAACACUCUGAAGCACACUUGCGUUAUCGCCAGACUUAAAGGGACUAAGUCUACGGAAAAUGUGGAUCAUUUCCACGAUGAUAGGGACUUGCCUGAGUGGCCUUCAUUUGAUGAUGAUAAAUGUAGUCGAUUUUUAUAUGAGGUUCUGGAAUCUGAGUGGGAAGAAAACGACUGGAUUGGUCUAUACUUGGAAGUUGCAGUCGUUGCCACGGAUAGGCAUAAUGACAAUCCCAACCUGUCCGGUUUGAAGAUUUUGAACGUGGUGGUAGAAACUGAAGAAAAUCUGCCCAAAGAGACUCUACUCAAGUGUUUUAGAAGUGUCGUAGUCUACAUAAUUUAUGAUGAGGACGUGGGAGGUGAUAAUGGGGUAUGCAAACGCAGAGCCAUCGUUAGAAGAACUGUGGAUUUCAUAUCUAAAUGCUUUUGUCUCGUUGGCUACACUCUACCGUUUCCCUAAGAAAAAAGCUUUUAAUACUAAUAACACUCUUAACUUAGCAAGGAGUUUACACCAUAUGCUAUUUGUUAUGUGUUUUUUGUAUAAGGGCAAUAUCGGUUCAGUAGUUUCAUUUAUGCAUUUUGGUUUAUCUAGUUGGUUUAGUACAAACACUUAUAUGUAAGGGUUUUUACCCAUUUGGGGAUUAAUAAAUCAAAUAAUAACCUAAUCCCUA